AUGACCGGGCUGGUCGCACAACGCAAUCGGCCGGCCGCAACCAAGCUGGUCAAACAUCAGAGAGCGCGCAAAAGGGGCGUGACAAACAUAAAGCUGAAAGGAAACUCAAAUAGGAUAGCUCCGACUGCUUGCGUGGCUCGAAUCGGAGAAAAGUGUCAGCGAGAUGGUGUAGAAUGUGGUGAACAAGAGACAGAAACAAAGUUGGCAAGUUUGCAAUUUGCACGAAUGUACGUCGAGCUAUUGCAAUAUCUGCGCAAUAAUCAAGUGAUGCGUCGGCAGAAGACAGGGCCUCAAACCCAACCAGCAAUUAGCAACAAUGAGCAGAUGAUUUGUGGAUCCCGCGGCAUUUGGUACUUCAUGAGCACCCGUUAUUUUCCUCCGAGCAUACGCGUUACUUGA